CGCCUAGGGUUUGAGGGACGAGCAGCGAAGAUCCGCUCGCGAUUGAGCUGCCGCGGCUGCAAUCCCUACUGUGGCCACGAAUCGGCGGGGGUCGCCUCCCCAUGGGCUGGAUCUGCCGGCCACAGAUCCGGCUGUUCUUCGCGAGGUAUGGAGAAUGCCGCGCAUUCGCUGGCUGCGAGGUAAGAUCGGCGUGGAUCUCCGGAAUUUGAGGGUUUUAGGCCGCCGCUGGGGCAAGGAUCUGCGGCAGGGAAAGGAUACAUUGCUAGAUGUGAGGCUCGCCCUGCGCAGGGAUGAAGAAGAAAUGGCGGUAUUGGUUUCCCAAGCUCUCGGCAUCGACCAAAGUGGACAAUGAAUCGUCCGGGGAUAGGAAAUCCAAUGGGGUAGCUCAUCAGAAUGGUCGCGCGGGCGCGGCGGCCGGGAAAUCCAGCGCUACUGCUGCCACCGCUUAUAGGAGUAGCUCCGGCCCUUUGAUACAGCAGCAGCAGCAGCAGCAGCAGCAGUACCAGAGCUUGCAAGCGAAGCCUCUGGAGCUCCAGAGCUCCUUGAAUGGACAACCCACCUCUUUCUCAGAUCCGCUAGUGUCGCUCAAGGACGUUCCCAGCUCCGACCGCCAAGCGCUACUCGUCCGGAAGCUCAAGCUCUGCUCCAUCACCUUCGACUUCACGGACUCGUCCAAGAAUCCAAAGGAGAAAGAGAUGAAGCGCCAGACGCUGCUGGAGCUCGUCGACUACAUCUCCUCGGGGACGACGGGGAAGCUCAACGAGGUGGUGUCGGAGGAGGUUGUGAAGAUGGUCACAGCCAACAUCCACCGAUCUUUGCCGCCAUCCGCGAGGGAUUUGUCGGGGUCGUCGGAGAGCUUGGAGCAAGAGGAGGAGGAGCCGAUCAUGGAUCCUGCAUGGCCACACUUGCAGCUCGUCUACGAGUUUUUGCUGCGCUACGUGGUUUCGACUGACACGGACGCCAAGAUCGCCAAGAGAUACGUCGACCACGCCUUCGUCCUGAGGCUUCUGGACCUGUUCGACUCGGACGAUCCCAGGGAGAGGGACUACCUCAAGACCAUCCUUCACAGGAUUUACGGCAAGUUCAUGGUCCACCGGCCAUUCAUCCGGAAGGCCAUCAACAACAUCUUCUAUCGGUUCAUCUUCGAGACCGAGAGGCACAACGGCAUCGCGGAGCUGCUCGAGAUCCUGGGGAGCAUCAUCAACGGCUUCGCGCUGCCGCUCAAGGAAGAACACAAGCUCUUCCUCGUCCGGGCGCUCAUCCCGCUGCACAAGCCGAGGUUCGUGUCGCAGUACCACCAGCAGCUCUCGUACUGCAUCACGCAGUUCGUGGAGAAGGAUCUGAAGCUGGCGGACACGGUCAUCCGGGGGCUUCUCAAAUACUGGCCCGUUGUCAACAGCCAGAAAGAGGUGCUCUUCCUGGGCGAGAUGGAGGAGAUCCUGGAAGGAACUCAAGCCGCCGAGUUCCAGCGCUGUAUGGUCCCGUUGUUUCGUCAGCUCGCGCGCUGCCUCAACAGCUCUCACUUCCAGGUAGCCGAGAGAGCGCUGUUUCUCUGGAACAACGAUCACAUUGUCAACCUGGUUGCGCAGAACCGGCAAGUGAUUCUUCCGCUGGUGUUCAGCUCGCUGGAGAAGAACAGCCGGAGCCACUGGAACCAGACGGUCCACAACUUGACGCUCAACGUCCGCAAGAUGCUGGUAGAGAUGGAUCCCGAGCUGUUUAGCGAGUGCCAGAAGAGGUUUGAGGAGGAGGAGGCCAAGCACAAGGUGGUGGAGGACAAGAGGGAGGCCAAGUGGAGGAGAUUGGAGGCGGCAGCAGCGGCCAGGAGUGGAUCGACCGGCGAGAAUCUUUUGGCAUCGGCGUCGGCAUCUCCAUGCAACGGUGUAAGCUUCGCGUCGGGCAAGCAACAAGGGAGCCACCAAUAGGAAGGAACGUUUGAUUUUUAAAAGUGGGAAUCUAUUUGUUUGUAUUUUUA